CAUUCGCAGAGCGCGCCGUGAUGCAUUCGACACGAACUACAUUGCACGCGUUUUCGACAUCAAGGUGGCUAUUGCUGGUUUCUCCGAAUAUGUACCAUUCAGACAGCCUAGGCCCACUGUCUGGCAUCAAGGUGGCAGCUCUUUUGCACUCCCUUUAUAUCACAUUUUGCGUCGGAUUGAUGGAGGAGGUUCUCUGGAAAUCAGAUUCCACGGCGCCUUUGCAACAGAGUGAAUUGAUCUUUCCAGCUCCACCGCUUCAGUAUGAGCACCUGCGACACUGGAAAUGCCUAUGAUGGCAACAUAGGUCUUCGGAUCUCCUCUGUGUUCGUCAUCCUAAUCGGCGGCUUUCUUGGUGCUGCGUCUCCAGUAUAUGCCUCCAGGCACAAAAACAUCGGUGUGCCCGACUGGGCCUUCUUCAUCGCGAAGUACUUCGGAUCAGGGGUCAUCAUCGCAACAGCCUUUGUACAUCUGCUGGCGCCUGCUGCCGACGGCUUGACGGAUCCGUGUCUCACGGGUCCGAUCACAGAGUACGACUGGGCGGAGGGCAUCUGCUUAAUGGUGAUCUUUCUUAUGUUCUUCGCCGAACUCAUUGCGAUGCGAUACGCCAAGUUCGGUGCCAAGGAUCAUCGCAAGUCACAAUGUCAGACGUACGAGCAAGUAUGGUCGACAAAACGCAACGCUACCGGCCUUGGUGGCCCGCUCCACGACCCAGAGCUUGGCCAGACAAAGUCUACCGAACCAUAUGUUAACGUUGAUCCCGAGAACGUCACAAACGACCAGCUGUCACAACCACCAGACAAUGUUUGCAGAGAUUACGGCACCCAGAGUGCUCAGCAGCAUCCCUCAAACUUCGACACCGAGAGCUAUGCUGCGCAGAUGACGGUCAUCUUCAUCCUGGAGUUCGGUAUCGUCUUCCACUCUGUCUUCAUCGGCCUCACACUCGCCGUGGCCGGGUCCGAAUUCCCAACACUCUACAUAGUGCUCGUCUUUCACCAAACGUUCGAGGGUCUCGGUCUCGGCACCAGGUUAGCCAGCGUUGCGUGGCCGGAGAGUAAGCCAUGGACGCCGUACAUGCUGAGUGUCGGGUAUGCACUCUCGACGCCCAUCGGUAUUGCCAUCGGCCUUGGUGUACGCACGACAUUCGCACCCGAUUCGCAAACCACACUCAUUGUCAAUGGUGUCUUUGACGCAAUCUCGGCUGGCAUCUUGAUCUACACUGGCCUCGUUGAGCUUAUGGCUCAUGAGUUCAUGUUCGGCGAUCAGAUGCAGCGUGCGCCGAUGCGCCAGGUCAUGGCUGCAUUCGGCUGCAUGUGCUUGGGUGCGGGUCUUAUGGCGCUGCUUGGCAAAUGGGCAUAACCGUAGCUAGGUUGCAAGCACCAGCGACCAGCAUCUGGGUGUAGCGCUGGCCUUCAACCUGAAGGGGGUAUACCGUGGUGGCAAGACGGUAUCUAUUAGCAUAGAGCAAAGCAUUAUGGUUCGGCAAAUGGUCGAACGUUGAUAGAAUGCUGUCAAUCUCGCAUCAAAGGCAAGCUUCAAGACCGUGUUAGAUACUCAGCAAUACUCACACGUCAACCAAGCUUC